AUGGAACAUCCUCGCUAUAGCGUUUCAUCAAGUGUUUAUUCGCCUCUAGACAGUGAAUUUGAUAUUAACAUUGGCAAAAGAAAAACUAGGGAGGGUACUAAAUUCAACGCAGAUGCAUUCGGUCUGGAUUACAACAGUUCAGAAACCAGUGGAGAUGAGUUACAAUCACCGAAACGUUCAAACCAGACACUUGAUAGCUAUUUUACCGCCCACGAGAGUCCAAGCUUCACGUCAAUAAACAAGUCUCUUCUACGGACAGAGUCGGGUGAUCCAAGCUUCCCAGAUUUAAACGCUACGCCUCGCUUGAAUGAAGACGACCUACAAAGAAACGACGAGACUCCAAUGUUAAAUGCAUAUUCAGAGGAGAGACCAUUAAUAGACGAAACCCCUAAGUUGGCGUCCUUGGAAUACAGAGAAGAUCCCUUAGAGGAUGCUGAGAAAGAGGAGGUUGCUCUUGAUAAAACUUUCAACAGACUUUCUUCCACUUUGAAAAACACAAGGUACUCGGCAACGGACGAGUCUUAUAGAUUCCACACAAAUUUUCUGAUGAAUGUGAAAAAUGCAAAUUCAACUAAUGCUGCAGCAAAUCUGAGAACUAGCACAUACUACAAGAAGAUUCACUCGAAACCGCCAGAGGAUAACGAAUCGUACUACACAAAUGAUUCAAAUAGAAACUCGUAUAAAAGCAACGAGUACUGCCCAUCGGAAAAUAAUUUCCAUGUUGCCUCUGGCUUUCAUAGACCUCGGAGCCCUCCACAAUCACCAACCAGUGCAAGCAAAUCCAUUACUCCGUCAAAGAAAGAAUUUCCUUCUAGACAGCAACUGAUGAACGGAGGACUCAAUAUAUCAUUCAAAGACUCUGAUUCUUCACCUAAUCACACUCAUAAUGGUGAUACAACACUAGACUCUGAAUUCUCCAAGACAGCAUUAGAAAGUGCAUCCACCAGUUAUGAAAAACUGGGCCCAAGAUUUGGAUCAGGAUGA